AUGCAGCCUAGUGAUGCUCCAGGAUCUCCACCCGUGCAUCUUCCUGGACAGCUACAACAUCAGGGCAUCAAAUCCACAGAAGGAGAUAUUGACACACCUGAAUCCAUGGCCCCUGUCAUUGUGGUUCCCCCAGGCAACAGAAGUGUGGUGGCUGGGUCCAGUGAGAUCACCUUGGAAUGCAUAGCCAGUGCCAGGCCUGUGGAAGAGCUGAGUGUGAACUGGAAGAGAAAUGGGGUGAGAAUCACCAGUGGACUCCACAGCUUUGGGAGACGCCUCACCAUCAGCAACCCAACAUCAGCGGACACGGGGAUGUACAUCUGCGAGGCGAUGUUGAGUGGGAGCGCUUUUGAACCAGCUACAGCAAAGGCCUUUCUUUCCAUCGUAGAGCCACCAUAUUUUACUGCUGAACCCGAGAGUCGGAUUUUAGUAGAAGUGGAAGAAACCGUGGACAUCAUGUGUCAAGCCAUGGGGGUCCCUCUUCCCACCCUCCAGUGGUACAAGGAUGCUGUUUCCAUCAGCAAGCUCCAGAAUCCUCGGUACAAAGUGCUCUCAAGUGGAGGCCUGCGCAUCCAAAAGCUGCGUCCAGAGGACUCCGGGAUCUUCCAGUGCUUUGCCAGUAAUGAAGGAGGAGAGAUCCAGACCCACACCUACCUGGAUGUAACCAAUAUAGCUCCAGCAUUCACCCAGCGUCCAGUGGACACCACAGUUACUGAUGGGAUGACAGCCAUUCUAAGGUGUGAGGUGUCUGGGGCUCCCAAACCUGCCAUCACAUGGAAGAGAGGAAGCCACAUUUUGGCUAGUGGCUCUGUCCGGAUUUCUAGGUUCAUGCUUCUUGAAUCAGGGGGUCUGCAGAUAACUCCUGUCUUCAUCCAGGAUGCUGGCAACUACACCUGCUAUGCAGCCAACACAGAGGGAUCGCUGAACGCCUCUGCAACACUAACCGUAUGGAAUCGAACCACCAUCGUUCACCCUCCCGAGGACCGCGUGGUGAUUAAGGGGACCAUGGCCACACUGCGCUGUGGAGCCACUCAUGACCCCCGGAUUUCUCUCCGCUUUGUUUGGAAGAAGGACAACACGAUCAUCACCCCAUCUAGCAGUUCUAGAAUUGUGGUGGAGAAGGAUGGGUCCCUCCUCAUCAGCCAGACGUGGUCAGGUGACAUUGGCGACUACACUUGUGAAAUUAUAUCUGAAGGAGGGAAUGAUUCCAGAAUGGCCCGGUUGGAAGUGAUUGAACUUCCUCAUGCACCUCAGAAUCUCCUGGCCAGCCUGAAUUCUUCCCACAGCCACACCGUGAUGCUCUCUUGGGUUCGGCCCUUUGAUGGAAACAGCCCUGUUCUUUAUUACAUUGUGGAGCUGUCUGAAAACAACUCUCCAUGGAAAGUGCAUCUGUCAAAUGUUGGCCCCGAGAUGACAGGCGUCACUGUGAGUGGCCUGACUCCAGCUCGCACCUAUCAAUUCAGGGUGUGUGCAGUGAAUCAAGUGGGCAAGGGCCAGUACAGCGCUGAGACGAGCAGGCUGAUGUUACCUGAAGAACCACCCAGUGCUCCCCCCAAAAAUAUAGUGGCCAGUGGGCGUACUAAUCAGUCCAUCAUGGUGCAAUGGCAGCCGCCCCCGGAAACGGAGCACAAUGGAGUGCUGCAUGGCUACAUCCUCAGAUACCGCCUGGCCGGCCUGCCUGGGGAGUAUCAGCAGAGGAACAUCACCAGCCCUGAGGUGAACUACUGCCUGGUGACAGACCUGAUUAUAUGGACACAGUAUGAAAUACAGGUGGCAGCUUACAAUGGUGCUGGCCUGGGAGUCUUUAGCAGGGCAGUGACUGAAUAUACCUUACAAGGAG